AUGAAAUUCACUGAGCGUGUCAAGGAGUUUGUAUACUCCCUCUCAGCCACUGACAAGUACUCCGACUAUGAUUCCCGCAAAUCUUUCAACAGGGUGAAUAAGCCAUCUGCGAAAACGAGCCUCUUGUCCCACCACGAUAACAGCUCCACUGUUUCUUUUGCCAAUGGGCCUACUGGAGACGUCACUGAAGGUGUUCACGAAGUGACUUUGGCAUGGAGACAUAUUAAGAAAUGGCUUCACAAACACCUGCCUGAGUUGAAUACCUCCCUUCUGACUCCAUGCACUGAGGCUGAUCUCAAUGAGUUCCAGAAGGACUUGAACUAUACCUUGCCUGAAUGUGUUGUGGAAUUCUUCCGUUUGACGGAUGGCCAGCUGAGUCUUAACGAUGGCGGCUUCGGUGGCCUUGUGUUUGGCUUGAAACUUAUGUCUAUUGAUGAGAUCGCUGUUAUGGCUGCUUCCUGGAAGAGUGUCCAUCAAGAAAUCCUUAAACAAAUGCCAGUGCAAAGAGUCGCUGAGCCUAGAACUGCUCAAAUUGAGGAAUCAAACUUGGGCUCUGACUUGUCUGACGGCCACAGUGAAGCUUCUUACAGCUCCAAUUCCAGACCUGAGAGUGCCCAGAGGACCAAUUCCUUGUAUAACAACCAGCGCUCCGUGCCUCCUGGAGCUAUCCAACCCAUCUACGCACAUUCUAGAUGGACUCCAUUGAUUACAGAUGAGGUGGGUAAUUGCAUUGGCGUGGACCUUUCACAUCUGCCUGAGGCAUCUGGGGAAUCAGCUAACCAGGGUAAAUGGGGACAAGUAAUCUUGUUCGGACGCGACUUCAAUACAAAGUUUAAGAUCGCUGAUAACUUUGGUGAUUUCCUUUUAAUCUUCGCUAAUGAUUUGGAGAUGGGCAACUGGGAACUAAAAGAAAACGCCGAAGUUGAAGAUAUUAUGUGCGGUGUUGACACUGAGCUCGUGUACAUCGACCCAGAGACAAAAAAAGAAACGCCUUACAUGGAUGCUUUGCGCAGAAGAGCGGUUAGCGAAUGGAUCUCUUCGUUACUGGAAGAAGAGCUCAAGAGUCAGGAUAACCAAGACCUCCUUAAGCACCUUAAACAAGAGUUCUCCUACAAAGUGCCAGUCUUUGAAAACAAAUCGUCUGAUGAUUUCCUUAAUGAUAAUUUAAGAGGUAUCGACCAGCUAAAUACUCCUUUGCCUGACCAAACGAUAACUGAAGGUGACAUCACCCAUGAGAACACUGUGGUUGAUCUGGAUGAUGAGGAUCACUAA